AUGUCCGUUUCGUCAGUGUCGUUCAAUACAGAUGUUAACGUCAGAUAUGAAAGGCUUUCGGCUGAGUAUGCAAAACUGCGAUCCCACGUGAAGGUACUCAGCGAAGGCGUUAUCUUAGAGAGGAAGAAGAACGAUACUCUGAACGAAACCAUAAGAGAACUGGAGGUACAGCUACGAAAAGUAGAGGCUGAAAACGAAAGUCUCACUUUUCGUAACGAUCAGCUGGUUAAACGGGUCGAGAAUCUUCAGGAUGAACUUGAGACGUUAGUUCAUGGUAAAGCAGGAGGAGUGAAGAAGGGUAAGUUCCCAAAGAAAUCGAAAGACACGAAAGAGCUACUAAACGAAUUGGGAGCGUUGGAGGGCCGUGUGGCAAUAAUGGAAGAAGAGCUGCAGAAUAAGAUUCGGCAAAAUAUGGAAUUAACCAGCCAGAUGAGCGAACUUGAACAGAAACACGCAAUUGAAUUAACUUCUCUAUCGAACGAAUUUGCUCGGAAACUAGAGCAGGCUGAAGCUCGCAGAUUUGACUCGGAUAGAAGAAUAGAGCACAGACCCGAAAGGCCCGUUAAGUCGGUGAAACCACUUGAGCAGUCUAUGGAGAUCAACAACAUACUAGCCCAAACUCCAUCACCUCAACCCCCGCCGAUUGACGAGGCUUAUCUUCAAAUAGCAGAGUCAAUCAGAAACACUUUACAAGGUCUGUCAACACUUUUCGAACUACUCUAUCAGCGCACCCAAGUAUAUCCUUUUGAUUCUUCCUUGGAACCUCUUCCUAGUCAUGUGAAGAAGUUGUCGUCGGAGUUAGCGCAAUGCUCGCAAUUGCUAACAGCACCGAUUGAUGCUGUUCAGCAGUGUAUUCUCAGAGCUGAAUUUGAGGUGUCAACAGAUGUUCCUCAAUUACAUUCUUCUCUCAAAGUUGUCGUGAAACAUUGUAAAGUGAUGAUGCCGGAAUUACUGAAGCGUCUUGCUGCUGAAGAAAACAAGAACUGGACAAAACGUUCGCAACUAGAUGGGCGGUUGAAUCGCGAUUUCCGACGGCCACGAAGAGAAUCUGCUGUGUUGGCACUGCAACUUCUCACUGUCUAUCACGAUUAGUGACUGAAGUGAGCAAACUAACUGCAAGAGUUCAAGCAGUAAACGGAUUGCUGGAGAGCGACGGAAAAAGCGACGCCACACCGGCGCGCACUGUACGUUCUCCAGACAACUACAAUCCGUUUGAAGAAGACAGCGAGGCUGAUAGUGUGGAGGAGAGCAGAUCGACAUCAGUGAAACCCGCGACUUCCAGUAUAGGGGUCGACACAUCUGAUCUGGUCAGCGGAAUCGUGGAGUCGCUAGACAUGCCCCACAUACCGUCCAAUAGCUCGAAUACUUCGAUCAGUUCAAAAUCUGAAAGUAUUUCUGAUCAUAUCAUGGUUGACUGCUUAAAAUCUCGUGUAAGUGCUCUAGAAGCUGAGAGAGAAGGUCAUUUAGUCGAUUUGUCUCUACUCCGUCGAAAACUUGCAAUGCUUGGAGUCAAGGAAGUGGAAGAUGAUAGACAGGCAGAGGUGGAAAUGUUGAAGCAAGUUAAUCGCGAACGCUUACGAGCUGUGGCAGACAGCUUGCAAACGGCUCAAUGUGCUGCCAAUUACUACAAAGGAGAAUGUAAAAUACUUCUACGGAAGAAUUUCCUCUGUAUGGAGGAAAAACGAGUACUUGAAGAAACUGUAAAGGAUAUGAAAAAGGAAAUCGCCGCGCUGAAUGAUGAGCUGUCUUCUGUUCGACGUGGCUACGAUGAUCAACUGUCACAAUUGACCGAACAUGUGGCUGAUUUGAAUGGAAAACUUGCCGAUAUAGAAAGAGAAAAAGCAGAGCAGCGUGGUCCUACAACGCCCCAGAGAACUGGCCUGA